CUAUGGGUUGGUUAUAUCUGUGGGUCUAACAAACCUUUGGUAUUUUAAAAGUAGUUAUUGGAAAUUUUUAGUUUUCAGCAUUUACUAAUUUCUUUAUUGAACUUAAAUUCUCAAACAAAAUGACCAAUCAUACAGAAAAUUUUAUGAAUCGAGUUACCCAAGCCCUUGGUCGACCAAUUCAAACCCGCUGUGCAGAAUUAACUGUUCUUUUUGAUAAAGGGAGCAUAAAGGAUACACACAGUAUAUUUCCGAUAGUAAUUGAAAAUAUAUUUGGGUCUCAAAAUUCAUUUAGUUGGGAGUUACAAAGUGUUAAUCAAGCUCAGAAUUUUCAAGACUUUAGGGCACUUCAACAUUUUUUAUCGCCCCAUGGGCCUAUGUUUAGGCUUAUAUAUACGCUUUUAAAAGACCCACAAAUCAAAUAUGAAUUUGGUUUAAGUUAUUUACCUACUAAAGUCCGACAAAGUUUGGAUACUGCUGUUUCUCAUCCUUUUUAUGCAGAAAAUUUAAAUAUCAAUCCACACACAAAGCAAGUAACAUCAUUAGUUUUAAAUCCUUUUGAUUAUUAUUUCUUCCAUUUUGCAUAUUAUCUGAUAAAUCCAUGGCACCAAAGAUUAAUUAGUUCUACAAUUUCAACAUUUAAUAGCGGCUCUGUUUAUUUUAAUUUGUGUUGUGAUUACAUUAUGCACUUUCUUCCUACUGAACCAGGUUGUGCUGUAUUACCUUCCAUAAAUUAUUAUGUGGGAAAAAAUCCAAUACAGACACUGCCAACAUUUGUCAGACCCGUUCGAAUUUCAAAAUUGUUCAGACCAAAUGUUCUUGCUGAUGCGGUGAAUGAGAUUAAUGCUCUAAGUCAUUCUGCUGAAGAACAUCCACGAAGUCACAUUUGGAGGAGUGAAACUGUAUUGAUUGUAUUUGUCGAUAUGUGGCUUAAUAAUGACCAAGUAAUACAGUAUGAGCAAAUUUUCUUACCUAAUAAGCAACAGUUCCAUUUUCAUGAUCUUCCUAGUGCUGAGUAUAUUAGAAUAGUCAGGGUACUCGUUAAAAAAUUGCACGCGUUUUCAUCAAGUGCAAAAAUAGAUGAUACUUAUAUGAACGAAUUGAAAAAAAUUGCUGUUCCAUAUAUGCAAGGCAAAAUGUAUAUUUUUCUACGCAAUUUAAUUUAUCGAUGGCCUUUAGACGACUCCUUCAGACUUGUAUUGGAAUUGUGGCUAAGUUUUAUUCAACCGUGGAGAUAUCCAGGAAACGAGCAAUUAGAAUUGAUGGGUUUAACUAAGCAACAUGAUGCAGAUGGAUUAUCACGACCUUCAAAGCUAGCGGAUAAGGAAUAUUUACCUUUUAUUGUGGAAAAUAUUUUGGGUUCCCCAACAAAUAAUUUAAAAAUACUAAUAUGUAUUAAUCAUUUAAAAAUAGGGGCUUUGUCUCACGAACUAUGUGUAUUGUUUGGCAUAUGUUUAAAGGAUUCUAACAAAAAAAAGCGUCCGAGUAAUUUUGGCGCUCAUGCGCUAAAUCCUCCUAGGCUAAUCGUUAUGGGACAACCAAUGUUAGCGGACAUGCUGAGAGAAGUAGAAAGUGCGUUAGAGAAUAUAAACAAUUCUCCUACACACGUGCGAUGGCCUUCAUCUGUUCCCCCAUUGUCGCCGACUUCAAGUUGGUGUUCAACAAAUACAAGUCCAAAUAUAUCUUUUAAUAAGGACCAUUCGCAUAAUCUUUCUUAUAUGGGAGCCGCCUCCUUAUCAGGUUCAUUUAUAGAUUCUUCUGUUACAUAUAGAGGUAUAGGAGGAAAAUGGUCAAAUAUAGUAAAACAGAAAAUCGUUGAGUUAGAAUGUCCUAAUUUUUGCUAUAAACCGUUAUUUACAACACAACCGGCACAAGAGGUAUUUGAUUUAAUAAGGCACAUACAGAAAGCACAACAUGCCGCAAACGCAAUUAUUAGAUUGAGAAAAGAGGAGGAGAGCAAAUCUUCGAGGGGUAU